AUGGAAUAAUUUUAAUUAGCUUCGGCAAUAUUUUUGAAGGAAUUUUUGAAAAUAGUUGAUUUGUAGAAUUUGAAUCUUGAAAGAAUAGAUGAACAUAUAGAAUAAUUAAAAGCUUAAAUAUUAUUGAAUCAAGAAAGUGAUGAUCUUAUAAAAGAAGAGUAGAAUUACAAUUCAUUAAUUGAAUUUCCUGAAUUAGACAAUUAUAUUUAAUAGAAAACAAAUAAAAAAUAAAGAAAUAAAGAGAGAAGUAAUGGUUAUAAGUAUUUUUGUUGUUCAAAAUGUAAUAAGAAGUUUAAUCAUCCUUCAAGUUUAUCUAGACAUAAAAAGAAUCAACAUAAAAGUGUAAAAUAAGACAUGUUUGAAAUAAAACAACUUCAAUCAUAACAAUAAGAAGUUAUAAUUAAUUUGACAGAUCUCGAAAUUUGA